AUGGCUCUCAACCUAAAACCCCAACUGGGUCUUCUCCUCUUCUCUAUGCUGAUCCUCGCAGUUUCUUCGGAGGAUAACAUAACGGUCUACGAAAUCCUUCCUAAAUUUGGCCUCCCCAGUGGCCUCUUGCCGGACUCCGUCAAGUCAUACUCUCUCUCCUCAGACGGAAGCUUUGUUGUCGAGCUUGAAAAGCCAUGUUACGUACAGUUCGAGUACUUGGUCUACUACGAAAAGGAAAUUACGGGUGUGCUCGACAUCGGGUCGAUCAGUGAUUUGAAGGGUAUUCAAGUCCAAAGAUUCUUCUUAUGGUUCGAUGUUGAUCAGAUCAAAGUAGAUUUGCCUCCCUCGGAUAAUAUAUAUUUUCAGGUUGGGUUCAUUAACAAGAAACUUGAUGUGGAUCAGUUCGAGACUGUUCAUUCUUGCCGCGAUAACGCCUUGGGCUUGUGUGGUGAAUCUUGGAAACGUGGUCUGCAGGUAUGGUUCUUUGAUGGAUUGUAUAUGUGUGCGUGGAUAUUUGGGGUUUUUUUGUGUUGGAUUUACUAUGGAAUUGGAGCAAUAGGAGAAUUGACUUUGGGUUCAGUGAGCUUUUCAUAUCUUGAAGAUUCCAGAAGUGGCAGUGUAUCAUCGACGGUUACAGGUAGUUUAAUAUUGAACGAGUUCUUUAUUGGGUUUGGAAGUUGGAUUGCCUUCUAA